UGAAACUAGGCUUCAUACUGGCUAGUUUCACAUUAAUAAUAUGAAUCAAGAUGAACGGUUCUCGAAUCACGUCCGGCUGUUUUGCCAAGGAUACAACUUGACCAUUAGGCCCAACGGGGAAAUUGUUGGGACUGAUAACAACACAGAUCCAGACAGUUUGAUAGAGAUCAAAUCAGGAGGUAAUGUGAGUCUCGUAAGGCUUCUAGGUAUCCAUUCCAAUCUGUACGUGUGCUUCGAUUACAACGGGCAAUUAUACGGAGAGAGUGACCCAACAAACGAAGGGACAAUAUUUAAAGAAUCAUUCAGUGGAUCUUACAAUACUUACCAAACGACGAUGCAUUCCAAAGGUUGGUUUAUCGGGUUAAAGAAGAGCGGUCAGGCGAAGGAGGGAUACCGAACGAAAGAUGGACAAAAGUCUGUACGUUUCUUACCCAUUAGAUUUAAGACUCGAGCUUGUUCUAACAGGCACGGUUUAAUUCGCAAGUACGGCUUGAAUUUGUGCCGUCAAUGCUUCAGAGAAUACGCAUCAGACAUUGGAUUUAAGAAGCUGGACUAAAAAGGGAGAGUUGAUUUAUAAUGUAAGAAUUUCAUUUAAAUAAAAAUGUAAAAAUAUAAA